CACUCCAAAACCCUGCCACCUAUCUAGGGUUUGCACAACACAGGAGAGCCGCGCAGCCGUUGCAAGAGAGUGAGAGAGAGAGAGAGAGAGCCAGACAGAAGCGAAGCAAUGGCAAGAAUCAAGGUCCAUGAGUUGAGACAGAAAUCAAAGACGGAUCUUUUGUCUCAGUUGAAGGAUCUCAAAGCUGAGCUUGCUCUCCUUCGAGUUGCUAAGGUCACCGGUGGUGCUCCUAACAAGCUCUCCAAGAUCAAGGUUGUGAGGUUGUCGAUUGCACAGGUUUUGACUGUGAUUUCGCAGAAGCAGAAGGCUGUAUUGAGGGAGGCUUACAAGAACAAGAAGUUUUUGCCUCUUGAUCUGCGUCCCAAGAAGACCAGGGCUAUCCGCCGGAGGCUUACGAAGCAUCAACAAUCACUGAAGACCGAGCGCGAAAAGAAGAGAGAAAUGUACUUCCCAAUGAGAAAGUAUGCUAUUAAGGUCUAGGGUGGCAUCAAUCACAUAUGCUAUUUUGAUAUCUUUCCUGAACCUGUUUUGUUGACAAGUUUUGACUUUGAUCGUCUGUGUCUUGUUUGUGAACUAGUUUUUUUAUAUCAAUUUAUGUUUAAAAACUUUGGGAAAGGGUGUAUCUCACUCUAACCAAGAUGCUAGAUUUAUAUUGGAAUAGUAGCUGAAGAGUAUUUUUGUUCA